UACAAUAAAAAGUUUUUUGUUUGAAGUAUUUUUCGAACAUUAUAACGAAGAACAUCGGCGUCGUUUUUUCAGGUCGAACAUUGUUAACUUCGAUAUUUGUGAAAGUGUUAUUUUGCUUUUGAUAAUAAAUACAAGUUAAGAUUGUUGAAAAGAUGGAAAAUAAAAAUAAGAUGUCUUUUGCACAUAAAUUAUGGUAUUUAGCUAAUAAGGAAGAUGUUUUAUGUGUCGUAUGGGUCAAAAAUGAGGAUGCCAUACGUCUGAACAUGAUUCUUUUGGAAAAGUACUUAUGUUCUGAAGACUCAAUAUUUUCUAUUAAAACAGCAAGUCAUUUUGCUAAAUACCUUGUAUGCUAUGGUUUCAUAAGUGUGAUAACGAAAAGUGAUCCAUUUGGCCAGAAUAUUAUUAUUAAGCAUAAGAAUUUUACACGAGAUGGAAAAAAACUUGACUUAAUAACUAACUCAUGUAGUAAGAAAAAUAUAGUAGAUUGUGAGCGACAUAAUUUGCACAACGACUUUGGAGAGUUUUCAAUGCGUCCAUUCGUUCCAAACGAAUUUCAAGGCGAUGACACCAUCCCAUGCCAGUUUUCGGAAGAACAACUGAAGGAAUUUUUUGGAGACGAUUACUCAAAAGUACAAAAAAACGAAAUAAAAAUAAGUUCUAAACAAAUCAUGGAAAAAGAAACAAAUCGCGUUAUAGUAGAUUUUAUUGAUAUGAGUAUUAAGGAUGCAAUGCAUCCUGUGGAAAAAGAGAACAAACCUAUGGCCUAUCGUGGGAGAGAUAAUCGAGAGUUUUAA